GGACCAGCAGCCUGAUGUGCGUGCCACGGCCCGUCCCCUCUCCCCACACGGAGCUGCAGUAACAGAGCAGUUCAGAGAGCCGGCGUGGGGCUGCCGGGGAAGCAGCCGCAGCACGGUGACAGUGACACAGAGCAGACGACACCCAGUGGAUCCCCGGUGCCCUUGGACGAAGAGGCACAGUCCUCAGCCUUCACAGUUUUCAGCCUUGAGAACACACCCGAGCAGCAGCCACUGAGCCAUGGCUGAAGGGGAAAUCACAACCUUCACGGCCCUGACGGAGAAGUUCAAUCUGCCUCCGGGGAAUUACAAGAAGCCCAAACUCCUCUACUGUAGCAACGGGGGCCACUUCCUGAGGAUCCUUCCCGAUGGCACAGUGGAUGGGACAAGGGACAGGAGCGACCAGCACAUUCAGCUGCAGCUCAGUGCGGAAAGCGUGGGGGAGGUGUAUAUAAAGAGUACCGAGACUGGCCAGUACUUGGCCAUGGACACCGACGGGCUUUUGUACGGCUCACAGACACCAAGUGAGGAAUGUCUGUUCCUGGAAAGGCUGGAAGAAAACCAUUACAACACCUACACAUCCAAGAAGCACGCAGAAAAGAAUUGGUUUGUGGGUCUCAAGAAGAACGGAAGCUGCAAACGCGGUCCCCGGACUCACUAUGGCCAGAAGGCAAUUUUGUUUCUCCCCCUGCCAGUCUCCUCUGAUUAAAGAAAUCUCUUCUGGGUGCCGACCACUCCAGAGGAGGCUGAGGGGGUCCUCACCCAGCUGACCCCAGGUUGUUCCCCUGACUUUUGGCUGCGCUAACCCCUGGCCCACAGAGCCUGAAUUUGUAAGCAGUGCGCUUCUAAAUGCCCAGUUCACUUUUUUGCAGAGCAUUUUACCCCAGCACGGUUUCGAACAGAGGGAUCAGAUAGCUCCUAGGGGCCAUCUGGCUGGCCGGUCUGGGUGUGUGGAUGCCCGGUUGCCUGUGGGCACCUGCUGUAGGCUGAGCCUCUCAAUGCAAAGGUGGGGCCAAAUGAAGUGUGUUCAGGGAGCUGCCACGGGGUCAUGAGUAACUGCAUACAAUUCCCUCUACUGAGUAAAUCCUGUCUGUGAUUCCCCGAAACACCUGGCUUGAUGCCCCUGUGUCCUUUCAACACCCCACAAAUAUUAGCAGAGAAGCUUAUGGCCGGGUUAGGGGAAGGCAGUGUUCCAUGAGUAGAAACUAGGAUGAAGAAAAUUCCCCCUGGUGAACAAAGGGAUUAAAUAAUGGCAAGGGGAGAUUGGGUUCUGGUGGACAGUUUAAAAGGCUGGGCUCUCAGGGCGGAAUCAGUGAAGGAUGGGAGGCUCAGCCCACAGCAAAGCAGAAUAAAUGCAUAGCGCACAGAGUCAUUCCAAUGCCAUGACUUUCCCAAGAUAAUUUGGCAGGAGGAAGCUCCUGGAUGAUGUCAGAUGGACAACAUGAGAGGUGGGUCUUCUUGAUAAAAAGCAAAAACAUCAGAUGCUGGCAAAUUCAUUUGGGUCUGGGGUGUGGGAGUGCUGAGAAACAAAGGAAAUGUGGGCUAAGGGGACAUCUUCUUCCAAAGAGAUUGAUUUUAGAAGUGAGAAGGAAAGACAGAGGGAUGCCAUGACUUGUGCCUGUUCCCCAGAAAGCAGAGGCUUUGGGGGUCCCAGGCAAUGCUUACAAAUCACAUGCAGAUGGUGUUUGAGUGUGGGUUCUGGUUCAGUGGGUCUGGGGUGCAGUCUGCAUUUCUAACGAGCCCCCAGGUGCUGCGGAUGCUGCUGCUUUCCCUAGCCGCCCCCCACACUUUAAGUAGCAGAGUUCUGAAGCAAGCUGUCCAAAGGAAGGGGGGCCCAGGCCCCCGAGCCUCUCUCACCUUGCCCUUAAAAAUCACAUACCCACAAGCCUUCCUGAACACUCAGGCGGCAUCAGCAGCAGUUAUGCCUGCGUUAAGGAACAUGGGUUUGAGGCGCUUUGGCCCAGUGCCUAUAAAAUACCCAUUUAGAAGGUAUACGAAAGCAUACUUCAAAAAUGUUAAACCCUCACAAACAGCUUUUCUCAAGAGACCAUUUGUGUUACGAUUACUUGUAUAAAUAUGCUUCCUGCUUAAAGUAAACUUGACCCAAGUGGCUAGCAAAUUAGAAACACCAUUCAUCUCUGACAUAUGAUACUGUUGCCAUGUAAAGGUCUUUAAUAAGCCAUUUAAAUUUACUGUGAGAUGGUAUGUUUUAAUCACAUUUAUAAAUAUAUAGCUCAAAGGCAGUUAACUGAUUAGCAUUCAGCCACUGAGAAUGAUAAUCAUAGGAUAUGAUGCAGAAGCUCUUCAAUUAUCUACUACAUAUACUGCAUUUACCUAUAAAAAGAGAUUGAACUUCGUUUUCAAUUGUGCUAUUACAAGUUUUCCUUUGAAUAUGGGAACUUUUAAGCAACGAUAGGGUAGCUGUGGAUAAAAACUGAUAAGAAUAUUAGCUCAUGCUCGAAGGAACUGACAUUAUUAACAGAAAAGUAACUCUAUAUUAAUUAGAUUGUCAUAUUUAUGAUGAAAAAAAAGACAGUUUGUGAAAGUUCAAAGCAAUAUGGUGCAAUUAAGGAACCAAACGAAGUUAGCACUAUGGUUAAUAGUAUCAUUCUGCAUUUGUACAGAAAAACCAUUUCAGAACUUUGUUUUUGUAACUUGGAUAAGACAGUUCUAUUUUAUUUUAAUAAAUCCUUCCAGGCAAGUUGGGGAUAGUGCAGGGUGGUUUAACAUUUCUUUACUAUGAAGAUUUGGCCAGAAAAGCAUACACAGAGAGGAAAUCUAAGAUACAUCAUGGUCCAUAAUAUUUAGUGUAUGAAUCAAAUUCGAACAUAACACUGGCCAAGAAAAAAUUAAAUGUUGCUAACAGAUGAGACAGAAGCCUGUGGUUUCAAAGACCCAAAGCAGUUAGAAGAAACACUAUUGUGGCUUCCCAGUCUCCAGCUGGUUGCCAUUCAUAUAUUUGUUCACUGAAUAGUUGUUCAGUGCCUACUGUGUGCCAGGCACUGUACUGUGUACUGGGGCACCCGAAAAUAUUGUCUGUCUGGUUUGCUGCUGUAUUCUCUCCCAGGGCAUUAUAUUUAUGAUGAAAGAUGCUGUGGAUUCAUUUAUUUCAGUCGAGUCAAAAACAGAGACUGUGUGGUUUCCUGCUAAAUAAACAGCCAGUCCCAGAAACCCAGGUUUUGGAAGAAUUAGCAAUACCCAGUGUAAAAUAAGCCCCCAUGAAAGUAUCAGAGGACAUGGCUGGGUGAACCCACGACUUUCAACUGUAGAACCAUGUCAGCUUCAGGAGGACCAGUUUCAAAUUGGGGAAAGAGCCUGUCAGAUUUUGUAAGGUGGCAGUCGCCUGCUCCAUUCUAGCUCCUCACACACUCUCGUUCCUUACACAUGGAGCGUUCCUGUUGCUCUCUCUUUUCCUUGAGCAAGUGAGGUAUAGCCAUCUGCUUGUCCUGUGUCUCUCGUGUGGAUUCAUUUUCAGGCCAACUGUUACGAACUGCCUGACAUUCCGUACAGCAUCAGGAGCAUUUAUGCUUUGGAAGUGUUUGCAAUAUGGAGACGGAGGUGGCAGUGAUCUAUUUCCUUGGAAGGGAUGAUCAUCAGAGCCUCCCCUGGCCAACAGUGUGUACUAACCAAAAACUGACUGCAGCAUCCUAUGUUAGUUACUAAAGAUGGUCCUUGCUUUGUGUCCGAGAUUAUGGAGCCCAGCUCCCCAGCCUUGUUAGAACAUACUGCCUAAACCAACCGAGCCCAUGGGCUGCGAAGCAGACCUCUGAUGAAGAAGACAGCUGCCACAUUACAUCCCUGUCUCUUUAUUUUGGGCACCUUACAAGUAUUAAUAAAUGUUCCACUAAAAGAC